UAUGCAAAGUAUUUUAUAUAAUGUAGGAAAAAUAAGAUAGAAAAUGAUUGCAUUAUUCAUUUUUUACUCAAUUAGUUGAAACUGGUGGUUAGCAACAUCAGAUGUGCAAAGAGGACCCAGUGGUUGAUCCAAUAACAGUAUUCCAUUCUCUCCCCAUGAUUUUGCAAUGAAACCAUAAAACCAAACAGGAUACUUUCUUCAUGUUGACCAAAACUAUUUAUUUUUGAUAGAAAUGACACACAAGACUAAUUGCAAGACAUUUGCUUAAUUGAAACAGGAGUCGGUUGGGAACAUCUUAUGUGAUAUAUUGUAACAUCUCUCACAUUAAAACAAAACACAACCCUUUCCCUGAAAAAUAAACCUCUUGAUGCCCACAUCUCUUCCCAUUCAUCACCACAUUUCCCUACUCCAUUUCAUAGCAGACACUCCCUGUAGGUUUGAUGCAUGCCUUCUCAACUUCCUUUCACACUGUUCUCACUUGUUCUUAGUCUAGCCAGGCAUUUGUCUCCAAAACCUCUAUUGUGACAUUUUUAUCAAGGCUGCAAGUGGCAUUACAUUGCCGCAUCCAGGGCUAAUUCUUAGUCCUCUUCUUAACGUAUCAUUAGUAUCUGACACUGUUGAUCACCGCCUUCUUCUGGUAACACUUUCUUCUCUUCAUACCACAUUUCACAAUUUUCCUUCUACUUCAAGCCACUCACCUUCUCAACUGCCUUUGUUGGAUCCUCCCCUUCUUUCCAACAUCAAACUGGGUUUUCCUAGGUCUUAGUUAUUGGAACCCUUCUCUUUUCUAACUACUCUGACUCUUGUGUGGUUUCAUCCAUGUUCAUGGUUUUAAAUAACCUAUAUAUGCAUGGACAACUUCCAAUCUUAUACCUUAACUCUGGUGCUCAACCCUGACCUCCAGACUAAUACAUUAUCUGCUUGACAUUUUUGACUGUCAGAGAGCAUGUCAUAUUUUACCACAAUAAAAACAUCGAUUCCCCCACUUCAAAUCUCCUUCUCUCCCAGUUCCAUCAUCCCCAGUAAAUAGCACCAGCAUUUACACAGUUUCUCACAAAUGUCAGUGUUUCCAUGUCUAGCCCAUUCCAAAUUAUAAGACUCACUGAUAGAUGAAAAAUGCACAUUAACAAGAAAAUCACUCCCUCUCCUAUCUCAGACUUAGAGGAAGCAAACAAGCAAGCUGCAAAACGAAACCAAAGCUUCUUGGGAGAACAUCUAAACUUUAUCCCUGGAAUCAAGACUGACAUGGUCAAUAGUCUUUCUGGGGUCACAUGCUUCCUUGGAGCUCAUAUGAAAUGAUGUUGGGCAAGAUGCUGUUUGCCUUAGGUGUAGGAUUACAUGGUCAGACAGGGUGUGUGUUUGCGUAGAAACAGCUUUACUGUGACAGUAACAGAGCACCUGCACCUAGAAGAACACACUUGGAAGAAGUUGUACAAAUCCUAAAAAUGACAGUAAGAGAAAACUGAGCCUUCUUGGACGAUUUUAACUGAAAACUCAAACCAAAACAAUAGCAACGCACCUAGAAUUAUUACUACUACAAAACACACCUGGAUGCUCUAAGGACACAGGAAAGAAUGAGCUAUUACGGCAGCAGCUACAGGAUUGUCAACGUGGACUCCAAAUACCCCGGCUACCCCCCAGAGCACGUUAUAGCUGAGAAGAGAAGAGCAAGAAGACGUCUGCUCCACAAAGACGGCAGCUGUAAUGUGUACUUCAAGCACAUUUUCGGGGAAUGGGGGAGCUAUGUGGUCGACAUCUUCACCACUCUUGUGGACACCAAGUGGCGCCAUAUGUUUGUGAUAUUUUCUUUAUCUUACAUUCUCUCAUGGUUGAUCUUUGGCUCCAUCUUUUGGCUCAUAGCGUUUCACCACGGAGAUCUGUUAAAUGACCCGGACAUCACGCCUUGUGUCGACAAUGUCCAUUCUUUUACAGCGGCGUUUUUAUUCUCCCUCGAGACCCAAACCACCAUAGGGUACGGCUACCGUUGUGUCACCGAAGAAUGCUCUGUGGCAGUGCUCAUGGUGAUCCUUCAGUCCAUCUUAAGCUGCAUCAUAAAUACCUUCAUCAUCGGGGCCGCCUUGGCCAAAAUGGCAACUGCUCGGAAGAGAGCCCAAACCAUACGUUUUAGCUAUUUUGCACUCAUAGGCAUGAGAGACGGGAAGCUUUGCCUCAUGUGGCGCAUUGGUGACUUCCGACCAAACCACGUGGUAGAAGGAACAGUUAGAGCCCAGCUUCUCCGCUACACAGAAGACAGCGAAGGGAGGAUGACGAUGGCAUUUAAAGACCUCAAGUUAGUCAAUGACCAGAUCAUCCUGGUCACACCAGUAACUAUUGUUCACGAAAUUGACCACGAGAGCCCUCUGUAUGCCCUUGACCGCAAAGCGGUAGCCAAAGAUAACUUUGAGAUUUUGGUGACGUUUAUCUACACUGGUGAUUCCACUGGGACAUCCCACCAAUCUAGGAGCUCCUACGUUCCCCGAGAAAUCCUCUGGGGCCACAGGUUUCACGAUGUCUUGGAAGUGAAGAGAAAGUAUUACAAAGUGAACUGCCUGCAGUUCGAGGGAAGUGUGGAGGUAUAUGCCCCCUUUUGCAGUGCCAAACAGUUGGACUGGAAAGACCAGCAGCUGCACAACAUGGAAAAACCACCGCCAGUUCGAGAAUCCUGCACAUCAGACACCAAAGUCCGACGAAGAUCAUUUAGUGCAGUUGCCAUUGUCAGUAGCUGUGAAAACCCCGAGGAGAACACCACUUCUGCCCCGGAUGAGUGUAAGGAAGCACCUUAUCAGAAAGCUUUUCUGACUUUAAAUAGAAUCUCUGUAGAAUCCCAAAUGUAGUCCUAAGUUGUAAUUACGAGGGGUACCCCUCGAUCAUUUUACUCUCCAGCCAAUCACCUUAAGGCAAGUAGUUGUAAACAUGGCUUGUGAACAAUGUCAUAGCUAUGUUUUAUGGUGACGGUGAGUAAGUUGAGUAGGUUAAACUUGGUAAAAGAUAACUUAAAAAAUGCCGUAGUUCUGAAAUAUUAAAAGUUUUCUUGCUAGCCUAUCUUGAAUUAAGAACGCUAUUAAUUGAUUAGAAUUCAUUUCCUUUUAUUAUCUCAUAUAUUUAUGUCUUCGAUUGGAGGCACACAGUAUUUAGUAAUGGGGAACAAGGGCAGGAAUGAAUGCUGGAAUAAAUAAAUAAAAAAAAAACAGGAAGACAAAUAAGCCAGCAUGAAUAA